AUCUUACUUGUUUUCGUUUUAUCAUAUUUCUUUCAUAUUUGCAGCGAUCCAAACACGAAUGCAGUGCAAUGGAGGCGACGAUCGGCCACAAUUGGACUGAGCAAGCAAAAUACUCGAUGAUAGUAGGAGGGCGAAAGGGACGGGCUAGCUAAAAUAAUAAUAAUAAUAAAUAAAAAUAAUAAUCCCGAUCGCUCUCGCGUAAACAGAAACUAACGUUACAUGUAUCAUUAGGCUGCCGGGUGACCGUUGCAAACAGAAAGCUGUUCAGGCGUGGAGCAAAACAAAGGAAAAGAGGUUUUGCUCCGCUGCCGGGUUUAGGGGGAUAGGACGCGGAUCUGCCGCAUCUGUGUCGUGCAUUCAGCUGCAAGACCAGACACAUUGCGGGUCGCUUUGAGAGAAGCUGGCUAACGUUAGCUAACAAUAUGGACUAAAACAUGGCCCACAAGAGAAGUACUUUAAUCCAAGCUCUAGAUAGAUCAGAGGCCAAGAAAGAUGGAGGUUUCAAGCAGAACUGGAGCUUUUCUGUUUCUGAUGACAGUGAAGAGGAGAAGGGCAACGAUGCUUCUGUGGUGACCAUGGAGGAGGGGGAUAACCGGAGGAGCGCGACGUCGGAGGGGGAGAAGUCUCCUCCUCUGAAACACUUCUGCACUAGCGAGCCCCUGAAGACGUACGAGCGAAGGCCAAAUCAUUUAAGGAUGUAUAAAGGAAACGCCGGAGGGCCCAACAAGCUGGGAGUGGGAAAGCCGCUCAGCGAAACCAUGCCCACUGUGACAUCAGCGGUCCCCAACAGAACAAACUACUUCAUCCUCAGCCCUGCUCCCUCGCAAGGGGUUGUUGUUCAAGGACGCCUCUUCCAGCAUGCCAAUGCUCCUGGUGCCGUGAGGAAGGUCGCCCAAAGCAACCUUGACUUGAAGGAAAGAAAAGACUACACAACCCAACAGAUCCAAAGAGUAGAAUUAGACAGCAUAAUUCUCACCUGUCCAGAAAUCCCAGCUACCAACAGCCUCGUUCUCGGAGGGGACAUCAAACGGCGAAUCCAGAAUAAACGCAGCAAUUCGCUGGAAGCUUCCGGAAGCUUUUUGCCGCCGGCCAAGAAAGUGGAGGCCCUGGAUCCUCAGGAUUACCUCACAGUUUGUGGCAAGUGCAGCAAGCCCAGCGAGAACCACGUGAAGUGUCAGAACUGCGGGAACCCGCUGAGCCAGGACGCCCCCCGGCCUGCGGAACCCGCCGCCCCGCUGGUCCGGCCCCCUGUCCGCCCGCACGCCUCCCCGGGACCGACCAGCCUAGCGCUCAGCAAGAGCUUCUACGGCUCGGCGUCGGUGGCGCGGGUGCCGCGGGUGGACGUGGUGAUGAACCCGCCUGUGCGCAUCACCCGGGGCAGCCUGUUGCUGCCGCACAACGGCCGGCCCGGCGGGCUGGGCGGGGCCGGGCUCUACGGCACCAAGGGCCCCAAGGGCAGGAGGCAGCCGGCCGCCAAACAGGACCAGCUCAACGACCCCAUUGUGCUGUCCAGCGACGAUGAGGAAGAGGACACAGACAACGCCAGCACAGGCAGCGUCAACCGCAUGGACAGCGUCUCCCCGCGCCCCGGAGACUCCGCCCACUCCUCGCCAGCGCCCUCUGGUGGCCGGGUGGAGGCGGCGGUGAAGGGCGUCUCCGAGCAGGAGGAGGUGACCGACGGCUACGCCACCGACGUCAUUUCAAAAGUGGCGGUGCCGAGGAAGUCUCGCAUGAAAGACCAGUUCGGAAACAUGGUACCAGAUGGCUCCAACCACAGCCCCAGCCAGAUGAAACGGCGGAAAGUCAGCCUGUCCUUCAAGCUGGACAGCAUCAUCCUGGACUGCAGGAGCGUGAGGCUGGGCACACUGCGAAGGAUGGUGACCAAGCCCGUCAUCUUUACAGUGGAGUACAUUCAGAUUGAAACUGAAGCCCCCGAGGAGGACAUGCUGGAGAAAGUGAAGCUGAGGGCGUCGGAGCUGGUCAGCUGCGAGUGGUGCAGCACACGCAAGCUGCCCUCCGUCUUCCUGCAGACCACCCCCGCCGAAUGCAUGCGGCUCCGAGCGCAGCUGCACAUGUCCCGGGACAGCGGCGGCGUGUGGUACGACAGCAGCAGCACAGAUCCAGAUGAAAAGUACAUUGUGUUAAUCUUUGAGAACGGACUGUCCAUGCCCGAGCAAGUGAUCUUGGAGGACAUCCUCCAGGAAAUCGGCAGAGCCAACAAGCUCCCCGAUUUCCCGGCUAAGCUGUCAUUUGAAGAAGCGAAUAUCAGGCUGGUGCAGUACAACAAAGCCAAAGGGAAGGCCUCUGAGACCGGCGUGCAGACCCGCCUGUCCUCCCGCCUCCAGGCUGCCUUCGAUGACGAUGAGGAGGAGGACAUGGCCGAGCUGCAGCCCACCUUCACCGGGCCGGUCGUAAAGUUAAUAGUGUACCCCCCUCCGCCAGCCAAAGGGGGAAUAUCCGUCACUAACGAGGACCUACACUGUCUCAAUGAUGGAGAGUUUUUAAACGACGUCAUUAUCGACUUCUACUUAAAAUAUUUAUUCCUGGAGAAAUUAAAAAAGGAAGAUGCCCACAGGAGUCAUGUGUUCAGCUCUUUCUUCUACAAAAGACUGAACCAGAGAGAGAGGAGGGUUGUGCCAGACACAGCCAAUCUGCCGAUACAGAAGAGGAAGCACAACCGGGUGAAGACGUGGACUCGGCAUGUGGACCUCUUCCAGAAGGACUUCAUUUUCGUUCCCAUCAACGAGUCGGCCCACUGGUACCUGGCAGUGAUCUGCUUUCCGGGGCUGGAGGGCCCUCGGUUCGAGCCCAACCCCCUGUACCAGGCCCAGGCGUCUGCAAAAGAGGGGGAGGGGGAGGGGAAACAGCCCGCAGGGCAGGAGGAGGCAGAGGGCGCUCCCGAGCAGACCCCGCCUGCUGCCACGCCCACACCCACGCCCACGUCAGGCAACCCCUGCCUCAGCACCCCCACGGACGCCUCCUCCGAGAGUGACUCCAACAGCGACCAGCCCAGGGGCGCCGCCUCAUCCUCCGACGGAGCCCAGGAGGGCGCGAGGGCCCCCAGCGCGGGGGUCAACGGCCAGAGCAAAGCCGAGCCACACUACACAGAUGCCCUGCACAGAAUCAGCGUGUGUUACGGGUCCAGGGACGGAGCUGAGGACGCCUGCACCUUCUCCGAUGACCAAAGUUCCAGCCAGGAGGAGUGCAGCGAGGACGGUGCGAUGGCUGAUGACUCGCUCAACUCCCCCGAGACCACGGAGUGGACCUCCAAACCCACCAUCUGUAAACAGCCUUGUAUUCUUAUUAUGGAUUCCUUACGAGGCCCAACCAGAUCAACAGUGGUGAAAACUUUACGGGAGUACCUGGAGGUGGAGUGGGAGGUGCGGAAGGGGACCCCGCGGAGUUUCGGGAAGGAUGUGUUGAGAGGAUCCAGCCCACGAGUCCCCCAGCAGGACAACUACAGCGACUGCGGCGUCUACAUCCUGCAGUACGUGGAGAGCUUCUUCGAGAGCCCGCUCCCGAGCUACCACCUCCCCAUGAACUUAACGGACUGGUUUCCACAGCAACGGAUGAAGACGAAGCGCGAGGAGAUUAAGGAGCUCAUUCUGAGGAUCCAGAGCCAGCAGCACAUGGACAAGAAGGGUCUGGGUCCGAGCCAGGGCCAGAACCCGCCCAAUGAGCCCGACCCGGGGGCGGCUGCCGGGUCGGCCCAAACCGACACUGCUGUGAGCUCCUGAGACCCCGCUGGAUUCGCUGUGCUCUUAAUCUGAGAUGGUCUGCCUUGGGCCCGCUCCGGCCCGGUUGGGCCUGGACCGGCUCAGACCGGUUUGGACUGGCCCAGAC